AUGUCAGAUACACUGACACUCCCAGCUACCUGGAACAGAGAGACCCUGGACAACCUGGGUGUUCUACCUCUCUACCUGACAUCCUCCUUCUACAAGAACUUCUCUAAGAAUGUAAAGGGCCAGUUCCUACAGUCAUUCCUGAAGGUGCUGAGGAAGAAUGGAACGUCCAGACAGAAGAAGAGGAGGAUGAAGACGGCUAUCAGACAGUCCAUCAUCGACCAAUCACAGUCCAAACGCUCCAUAGUGAGUGAAUGCACGGUGGGAAAUAUCACUCAAGUCACGAUCAGUGAGAAUACGUUCCCCUUCAACUACGAGACCGUGACCAAGUUCAACUGCUGCCUGACGGCCAAGACAGUCGUUGACAACCUGGACGCCAUCGCCACCAAGGUGGACGACCUGGAAUACCUUGAAGUGGUCCUGGCGAGACUCAGAGAGGCCUACUCCGCAAACUCCACCAUCCCAGAAGCGAAGGUGCAGGUUCUUGGGCCGGCUUCGCGCGUUGCCACUAACGCUGACAUCACCAUGUGGAACAUCACCAAGAUCGACACACUGUCAGCUCUGAUGGACUCCUCCAAUGGAAACUGGGAUGCUGUUAUGGCGCAGGCCAUCAUCAGUAAGUACCUGAGUAACUCAGGAAAUACUCUGGGCAGUGCCGAGCUCAACUCCAUCGGAGGACCCAACCUGUGUUCACUAGACAUCAGCCUCCUGAAGACCAUUACACAGAGUAGCCUGAGGUAAGACCGAGAGGAGGAC